GCCUUCAGCUGCAUCGACCAGAACCGGGACGGAAUCAUCACCAAGGCGGACCUGAAGGACACCGUGUCCCCCCCAGGGAAGACGAAUGUGAGAGACGAGGAGCUGGAGGAGAUGCUGAAGGAGGGGAAGGGGCCCAUUAACUUCACCGUCUUCCUGACGCUCUUUGGGGAGAAGCUGAACGGCACCGACCCCGAGGAAUCCAUCCUCAACGCCUUCAAGCUCUUCGACCCCGCCGGCACCGGCACCGUGAACAAGGACGAGUUUAAGCAGCUCCUCCUGACCCAGGCAGAUAAGUUCUCCCCGGAGGAGGUGGAGCAGAUGUUCGCGAUGACGCCCAUCGACGUCUCGGGGAACAUCGACUACAAGUCCCUGUGCUACAUCAUCACCCACGGGGACGAGAAGGAGGACUGA